UCUGAAGCUCCUGGAGGACCCAGAGGGUUCAGAUCUUCCGGUGAGACCAGCAGACCGGCAGCCGGACACGGGCCAGGAAGGAGAGUCUCCGUCACCGUGGAAACAAACUCCCUCAACUCCUACUGAAGACUGAAUUAUUUCAAAGAUGACAGUAGAGUCCUAGAGCAUCAUGUUGAUGAUGGACCAUCAGAGCUCCGCCCCCCUGAAGCUCCUCCCCCUGAAGCUCCUCCCUCUCUUCCUGAUUUGUGUCGUCGCCGUAGGGAAGAAACAGAAUUGUCCAAACGACCCAGAUAUCCUGCUCCCGGAGCUCAGCUGCCACACCGACUACAUCCGGGUCAUCGACUGCGUGUGGAACGCCACGUCCGCCGCCGCCGCCGCCUGCACCGUGUUCGCGAGGAAGCUCGGGGACAGGAGCUACAACAGCAGCUGCAGGAUGGAGCCAGACCACACCUCCUCCUCCAGGCUGAGGAGGUGCUCCAUGACCUUCAGCAAGGAGGGCCAGUUUCAGAGCUUCCAUGAGCUGUCAAUCAAUCUGAGCUGUUACCCCGGCAACCACACGCUGAUGACAACGUACAGGCCAGCAUGUCACAUAAAGAUGGCCGCCCCCCCCCCCCCUGAGGUCAGCUCCUCCAGCGUGUCCUGGGUCCCCCGCGCCGCGCCGGCCGGCCGCCUCUCGUCCUUCAGCAGCGAGAUGCAGUGGAAAGAGGAGGAGCAGGCCUGGACGGAUGACGCGGUGCGGACCAACGUCUUCUCCGCUGACCACACCUCCGUCUCCCGCACCGCGCUGCAGCUGGACCCGGCCCAGCUGACCCGGGGCCAGCGGUACCAGACCCGGACCAGAGCCAGGACCACCGGCACUGACCUCAGGUCCAGCUGGAGCGACUGGAGCCCCGUUGCAUCAUGGGUAUCACGCGUCGGGAGAACGAGACCACGGCCGCCAGAUCUCAGCGUGGCGGUUCUGGUUCUGGUCUCCGCUGCAGCGGUGCUGUCCGUGUUCCUGGUGGCCAGCUUCAAGACCUACAGAACCACCUGGGUUUACCUGGUGAAGAGGAUCUCCGGCCCGCCGCUCCCUGACCCGGCCAAGUCCUUCCUGCAGGACGUCCACUCCCAGGGCGGGCUGAGCCCCCACUUCACCGCUGAGUCCUUCCACUCGCUCCUCAAACCCGUGGAGGUCGUCCCCGUGGAGGUCGUCCCCGUGGAGGUCGCCCCCGUGGAGGUCGCCCCCGCCGUGGACGCCGUAGCGGCGCCGCUGGAGAAGAUGAGGAGCGACAGCAGCCACGAGUCCACCAGCUCCAACUUCUCCAACCCCAGUUACACCCAGCUGUGUCCUCCUCCUCCUCCUCCUCCUCCUCCUCCUGCUCCUCCCAUCUCCUCGCUCACCGCGGGGAACCUGGUGCCCUGCGGCGCCGAUACGCCGUACGGGCCCGUUGGCGGCGGAGUCGGAACAGUGGAACAGGAAUUGAGAGGGGAAGAGGAAGAGGAGGUCCGCCUGCUGCUCUCCAGAGGAGGAGGAGGCGGGUCCAUGGCAGUGGAGUCGGACUACGAGAAGGUGGAGGAGGUGGAGGAGGUGAAGGAGGUGGAGGAGGUGGAGGAGGUGAAGGAGGUCCGGGUGGAGCGGGUCCGGCUCCAGAGUCUGGACUCGGGCGUGGGCAGCGGCGAGGAGGUCAGCCAGGAGAGCCUGGAGGAAGAGAGCAUGAAUACGCUGCAGGGCGAGGAGGAGGAGGAGGAGGAGGAGGAGGAGGAGGAGAAAGAAGUCGAUUUUCAGAAUGUGCUCAGAGGUGUUCUUGACCGCGGGUCCAAUCGGGCUUCAGGCGUCAGCAGCGACGAGGAGGAGGACCUGGAUGAAUCCUCUUCCUCCCCCUGCCUCCUGCUUCCUCCUCCUGUUAGCUCCUCCCCCUGCCUCCUGCUUCCUCCUCCUGUUAGCUCCUCCCCCUGCCUCCUGGCCCUGUUCAGCGGGUUGCGUCCAGCUCAGAGUCCUCUAGUGGAGACCAGGCCUCUGACGUCCGCCUGCGGCUCGGUGGAGCCCUCUAGUGACGGGUACGUGUAAGAGCGGACGAGUUCUCCUCAUUAAAACAUCAAGAGAACAUUAUUAAAACAACAAGAGAACAUUAUUAAAACAACAAGAGAACAUUAUUAAAACAACAAGAGAACAUUAUUAAAACAAUAAGAGAACAUUAUUUUAACAACAAGAGAACAUUAUUAAAACAACAAGAGAACAUUAUUAAAACAAUAAGAGAACAUUAUUAAAACAAUAAGAGAACAUUAUUAAAACAACAAGAGAACAUUAUUAAAACAAUAAGAGAACAUUAUUAAAACAAAAAGAGAACAUUAUUUUAACAACAAGAGAACAUUAUUAAAACAAUAAGAGAACAUUAUUUUAACGACAAGAGAACAUUAUUAAAACAGAAUGAGAAUAAACACAUUGACAUGAAGAAACUCACAUUAAAAAGCAGAAAACUCACAAAAUCGUAAAUCUAAACUUGUUUUUUAUGAGGAGCCUCAAAGCUUCAAAUGUAAGGUUUGAUCAGGUGAUAAAACACGAGAGAAAUAUAUGAAUUAUAUGAUUAUAUGAGUUAUAUGAGUUGUUUUCCUGACGUGUGAAGGGAACAUGGCCGAUCACAUGACGAGCGUCUUUCAGUCGUGAUUUAGUUUUUCCUGCUAACGAAUAACUUUAAGCUCGUAAACGUUUGUCACGUUUUUGUGCCGAGCACAUCUUCAUCGUGAAGACUCGUGUUCACGUUCAUGUUCAUGUGGAUGUCCUCUAGCGCCCCCUGGUGGUCGAAACCUCAGAGCGAUAACUUUAACGUCAUAUGAACAAAUGUAUUUAUAUACUCACUAUGACAGCUUUAAUAAAAGUCCUGUUUUAAAAGUU